AACGCCGGCUCAGUGGUAACUCUGAUGGCUGUCAUAAGCUGAGCGACGGUUUAUCGUUCAGUCUUUCCCUGGCAUUGGUGAGCCCUCGACCCUGCUAGGCCUAAAGAGGCGAUGUCUCUACGCUGCGGGGACGCUGCUCGCACCCUGGGGUCCCGGGUAUUUGGAAGAUACUUAUACAGCCCAAUCAGAGCAUUAAGUUCCUUGCCAGAUAAAAAAAAAGAAUUUUUACAGAGUGGACCAGAUCUUCAAGAUUUUGUCUCUGGGGAUCUUGCAGACAAGAGCACCUGGGAUGAAUAUAAAGGAAACUUAAAACGCCAGAAAGGAGAAAGAUUAAGGCUGCCUCCAUGGCUAAAGACAGAGAUUCCCAUGGGAAAAAAUUACAAUAAACUGAAAAAUACAUUACGGAAUUUAAAUCUCCAUACAGUAUGUGAGGAAGCUCGAUGUCCCAAUAUUGGAGAGUGUUGGGGAGGUGGAGAAUAUGCCACUGCCACAGCCACAAUCAUGUUGAUGGGUGACACAUGUACAAGAGGUUGCAGAUUUUGUUCAGUUAAGACUGCAAGAAAUCCACCUCCCCUGGAUACCAGUGAGCCCUACAACACUGCAAAGGCAAUUGCAGAGUGGGGUCUGGAUUAUGUUGUGCUGACGUCUGUAGAUCGAGAUGAUAUACCUGAUGGGGGAGCUGAGCACAUUGCAAAGACUGUAUCAUACCUUAAGGAAAGGAAUCCAAAAAUUCUUGUGGAAUGCCUCACUCCUGAUUUCCGAGGAGAUCUUAAAGCAAUAGAAAAAGUUGCUCUGUCAGGAUUAGAUGUGUAUGCACAUAAUGUAGAAACAGUUCCAGAAUUACAGAGGAAAGUUCGUGAUCCCCGGGCGAAUUUCAACCAGUCUAUACGUGUACUGAAACAUGCCAAGGAGGUUCAGCCUGAUCUUAUUUCUAAAACAUCAAUAAUGUUGGGUUUAGGUGAAAAUGAUGAGCAAAUAUAUGCAACAAUGAAAGCACUUCGUGAAGCAGAUGUGGACUGUUUAACUUUAGGACAAUAUAUGCAGCCAACGAAGCGCCACCUUAAGGUUGAAGAAUAUAUUACUCCUGAAAAGUUCAAAUACUGGGAAAAAAUAGGAAAUGAACUUGGAUUUCAUUAUACUGCAAGUGGCCCUUUGGUGCGUUCUUCAUAUAAAGCAGGUGAAUUUUUCCUGAAAAAUUUAGUGGCUAAAAGAAAAACAAAAGCCCUCUAAAACUUGGACAAGACCUUCAGGAUCACAGAAAUUUUUAAAAUUUGCUUCCAGUUGGACCAGAAGUGGUGCCAGAAUGCUUAGAUGUCAGUGGAUGCACCUUGACUUUUUUUGUUUUAAGAAUAAUGUUAGUAAUCUGUAUAUGUUUAAUUAUGGUCAUUAAUUUGGUUUUUAGCAUACCUUCUUUACCCUAAUAAUUUCCUACUAUAAUGUAAUCAAAACAUCCUUGAAAGAGUUUGCUGCUAACCUUAAAAUUUAAAAACACAUUAAAAACUUUCAGAAGAUUUUUCAAGUCACUGAUACUUACAUGUCACCAUUACACUUGAUUAUGAUAAAAGAAUACACAAAAUUUCAUUUCUGGUACUGUGAUGAAACAGUCAACACAGAUUGAGACUGUGGUCAGUUUACUUAUGAGUAGCAUAUGCCCUUUACCUAAUCUAAUAAUAAUAAUGAUCUAGCACCACAGGAAUAAUUUAGGAAAGCUUCAGAGUUUGAGUGUUGUUUCGACAUGAUAUGACUACUUCAGACCCUGCAAAAUAGUUAUGUACUGACUGCUUAUUUAAUGCCUGUAUGAAACCAAAACCAUAAUGUUGAGGCACAGAAAUUUAAUCUAACCCUCAUUGUGUAUAGUAACUUGCUAAAUCUGCAUGUAUUGGCCUAUUUAUUCCUUUUAUUCCUCAUACUACUUUGGUGAAAUGCUUGUAUUAAAUGAUAGUAGUGACCUGAAGAAGGAAUUCUUUCCAAAAUACUAAUACAUAAUUCAUCCUUGAACUGUU